AUGAUUUUUCAAGAUCUAUCUAUCUAUAUAUCUAUCUAUCUGUCUAUCUAUUCAUCUCGAUCUGUUCUUCAUCUAUCUACUUCGGACUGUUCACUCAUUAUCUAUCUCUAUAUAUAUCUUGGUCUGUUCAUUAUCUAUCUAUCUAUCUAUCUAUCUAUCUAUCUAUCUAUCCCGGUCUGUUCUCUUGUCAUUUCCUAUCUAUCUAUCUAUCUAUCUAUCUAUCUAUCUAUCUAUCUAUCUAUCUAUCUAUCUAUCUAUCUAUCACCACUUAUUCAUAUAUAUCUCUAUCGAUCUCUCUGUAUAUGUCAGUCUUAUCAUUUUCUAGAGGAUCUAUCUAUCUAUCUAUCUAUCUAUCUAUCUAUCUAUCUAUCUAUCUAUCUAUGUCAGUCUGAGCAUAUCUAUCUAUCUAUCUAUCUAUCUAUCUAUCUAUCUAUCUAUCUAUCUAUCUAUCUAUCUAUCUAUGUCAGUCUGAGCAUAUCUAUCUAUCUAUCUAUCUAUCUAUCUAUCUAUCUAUCUAUCUAUGAGGGUGUACUGAAAGUUGUUUUUUUUUCGGACCGACCGGCUUCCGUCUUUCUUCGUCUAUCCUUUUUACGACAUCCGUUUUUUUUCGCCCAGAUUUCCUCUUCAUCGUCUUUCCCUAUCCGCACGACAACUAAUCGGCCUCAACUCCACCUUCUGCCCCAACUCCUACUACGAUCUUUAGCUAAUAUCGUUGUUGCAAUAUGA